UGCCAGAGAGGGCCUGCGCUGGCUUGAUCCGAGAGCAGACAAACUUGCGUAGUCUUACCACGGGCUUCGGUGUCUGUCUGCCUCUCUCUCUCUAUGGACGGCCAGAGGCGAGAAGAGGAAACGGGAAUUGUUGUUGUCCGAACCGCAGCGCCUUAUGAGAGCCCGGCGAUGAUUUAAUCACGGAAAACCUGAGUGUGGGUGGGAAAAAAAGAAGGAGAAAAGACGCGAGGAGAGAGGAGCAGCCAGCCGUUGGAGAUGUGCGGUCGGGCCGAGAUUGCGGCGGUAUCCCUGUCUAAGCCUGUACUGAGCAGAUUGUUCUGAGAGGAAACGGAUAACAAACAGGGGAAGUGAACAUGGCUGGGACCUCUGGCUUCUUUUCCAAUGGACCUGUGCCGUGGAUGGACAACGCCACAGAGAUGAACAACCUGUACCGAGACCUGGAGCUGGGAACAGUACUGACACUAUUUUAUUCUAAGAAGUCCCAGCGGCCAGAGAGAAGGACAUUUCAAGUAAAGCUAGAGACCAGGACUAUUAUCUGGACUCGGGGCACGGAUAAAAUAGAGGGCGAGAUUGAUAUUCGAGAAAUCAAGGAGAUCCGUUCUGGACAGAAGUCUCGGGACUUUGAUCGCUAUGUGGAGGACUCGGCAGCACGGCUCGAUCAGGCCCACUGCUUUGUUAUUCUGUACGGCACAGAGUUUCGCCUUAAAUCACUCAGCCUGGCAGCAACAUCUGAUGAAGAGAUGACCAUGUGGGUGCAAGGGUUAACCUCGCUUGUGACUGACACAUUGAAGUCUCCAACACCUCUUCAGAUCGAGCGGUGGUUACGUAAGCAGUUCUACGCAGUCGAUCGCAACAGAGAAGACAGGAUAUCCUGUAAGGAUCUGAAGAGCAUGCUGAGCCAGGUCAACUACAGGGUGCCCAACAUGAGGUUCCUCCGAGAGAAACUUCCGGACUCGGAGAUGAGGAAUGGAGAUGUGUCCUUCAGCCAGUUUGCGCAGCUUUAUCGUAGUCUCAUGUUUGAUGCCCAGAAAAACAUGGAAAUCCCAUUUCUACAAAGGUUCAUUGAUAGACCAGAACAGAGGAUUUCCCUGGAGGACUUCAAGAGCUUCCUCUUGGAGUCUCAAAAGGAGAUGUGGGCCACAGAUAACAACAAAGUGCAAGAGUUUAUGUUCGGCUACCUGAAAGACCCCCUGAGGGAAGUGGAGCAGCCUUAUUUCCAGCAAGACGAGUUCCUCACAUACCUGUUCUCCAAAGAGAACACCAUCUGGGAUUCCUCCCUGGACCAAGUGUGUCCUGAGAAUAUGAACAACCCCCUGUCUCACUACUGGAUCUCCUCUUCGCACAACACCUACCUGACAGGAGACCAGUUUUCCAGUGAAUCGUCCUUGGAGGCAUACGCACGCUGUCUGAGGAUGGGCUGUCGCUGUAUUGAAUUGGACUGCUGGGAUGGCCCUGAGGGAAUGCCAGUCAUCUACCAUGGGCACACCCUUACAACCAAAAUCAAGUUUUCUGAUGUCUUGACCACCAUCAAAGAGCACGCCUUUGUCACAUCUGAAUAUCCCAUCAUCCUGUCCAUAGAGGACCACUGUAGUAUUGUACAGCAGAGGAAUAUGGCCACUCACUUUAAGAAGGUGUUUGGAGACAUGCUUCUAACCAAGGCAGUGGAUAUCGCAGCAGAUGGGCUGCCCUCACCCAAUCAGCUCAAGAGGAAGAUCCUCAUCAAGCAUAAGAAGCUCGCAGAAGGCAGUGCCUAUGAGGAGGUGUCCACCACCACUCCCUACUCAGAGAAUGAUAUCAGCAACUCCAUUAAAAAUGGCAUCCUGUACCUGGAAGAUCCCAUUAACCAUGAGUGGUACCCUCAUUUUUUUGUUCUGACCAGCAGUAAGAUCUACUACUCAGAAGAGACCUCCAGUAACCCGGGAAAUGAUGAUGAGGAGGAGCACAGAGAGGUGUCCUAUGGUAUGGAUCAACAUGUGACAGAGAAAUGGUUUCAUGGAAAGCUUGGUGCUGGGCGGGAUGGACGGCAGAUAGCCGAGAGGCUGCUGUCUGAGUACUGCCUGGAGACUGGAGCUCCUGAUGGCUCCUUCCUAGUUCGGGAGAGCGAGACUUUUGUCGGAGACUACACCUUGUCUUUCUGGCGCUCGGGCCGGGUGCAGCACUGUCGCAUCCACUCUCGUCAGGAGGCAGGCAGCCCAAAGUUCUACCUGACUGACAACCUGGUAUUUGACACGCUCUUUGCUCUGAUUACCCACUACCAGCAGGUGGCGCUGCGCUGUAACGAAUUUGAGAUGAAGCUGACUGAGCCAGUACCUCAGACCAAUGCUCACGAGAGCAAAGAGUGGUACCACGCCAACCUCUCCAGGAGCCAUGCAGAGAACAUGUUGAUGAGGGUUCCUCGCGAUGGGGCUUUUCUAGUCAGGAAAAGGGCAGAGCCCAACUCCUUUGCCAUUUCAUUCAGAGCCGAGGGUAAAAUAAAGCACUGUCGUGUGCAGCAGGAGGGUCAGACCGUGGUGCUGGGCACCUCAGAGUUUGACAGCCUUGUAGAUCUUAUUAGCUACUAUGAGAAGCACCCUUUGUACCGUAAAAUGAAACUACGCUAUCCCAUCAACGAGGACACACUGGAGAAGAUAGGCACUGCUGAGCCAGACUACGGGUCACUGUAUGAGGGAAGGAAUCCAGGCUUUUAUGUGGAGGCUAAUCAAAUGCCAACAUUUAAGUGCACGGUGCGAGCCAUGUAUGAGUAUAAAGCCCAGAGAGACGAUGAGCUUUCCUUCACUAAGAAUGCUAUCAUCUCUAAUGUGGAAAAACAGGAAGGGGGAUGGUGGAAGGGUGACUGUGGAGGAAAGAAGCAGAUGUGGUUUCCGGCAAACUACGUGGAGGAGAUCAGUCCGUCAGCAGCCGAGCCUGAUAGAACUGAGAUGACAGAAAACAGUCCUCUUGGAGAUAUGCUGAGAGGAAGUCUUGAUGUGUCUGCCUGUCAGAUUAAUGUUCGUACCGAAGGGAAAGGCAGCAGGCCUUAUGUUUUCACCCUGACACAGAGUACCCCUGUGCGGAUAGGCAUACCGCUCGACAUCGCUGCAAACACGCAAGAAGAGCUCAAGGAAUGGGUGUUCAAGAUCCGUGAGGUCACCUUGACCUCAGAGGCCAAGAUAGAAGAGGGGAAGAUGAUGGAAAGGAGGAAGAAGAUUGCACUGGAAUUAUCUGACCUUGUCAUCUACUGUAGGCCUGUGCCAUUUGAUGAAGAAAAGAUUGGCACAGAGCGAGCCUGUUUCCGGGACAUGUCAUCCUUCCCUGAAACCAAGGCAGAGAAAUACGUCAACAAAAUCAAGGGGAAGAAGUUCCUGCAGUACAAUCGGCUGCAGCUGUCCAGGAUCUACCCCAGAGGCCAGAGAUUAGACUCUUCUAACUAUGACCCGCUCCCCAUGUGGCUCUGCGGAUCUCAGCUGGUAGCACUUAACUUCCAGACAGGAGACAAGCCCAUGCAGAUGAACCAGGCCCUGUUCAUGCUGAACGGAAGAAGUGGCUACGUCCUUCAGCCGCCCAUCAUGAGGGACGACAACUUUGAUCCCUUUGACAGACAAACACUACGGGGUGUGGAGCAAGUCAGUCUAGAGAUUGAGGUCUUGGGCUCCCGGCAUCUGCCCAAGCAUGGACGUGGCAUCGUUUGCCCUCUGAUUGAGAUCGAGGUGUGCGGAGCGGAGUACGACAGCGCCAAGCAAAAAACAGACUCUGAAGCUGAUAAUGGUCUCAAUCCCACUUGGCCGAGAAAGACAUUCCAGUUCACCGUGUGCAACUCUGCUUUUGCCUUUCUGCGUUUUGUGGUGUAUGAGAUCGACAUGUUCAACGACCAAAACUUCCUGGCUCAGGCUACGUUCCCCAUUCACGGGCUAAAGACAGGUUACCGGUCAGUACCUCUGACGAACAGCUACAACGAGGACCUGGAGUUAGCUUCUCUGUUAGUCCACAUGGACAUAACCAGAGGAAGGGAUGAAAACGGUGAGGUUCUCAGCCCAUUCGCUGCAGUCGGGGCCUCAUCAGUGUCGGCAACAGCUCAGUCAGUGCGGGAGCGUUUUGGGGAGCUGAGCUCAGUCUCCUCAACGUCCUCCAGCAUGUCUCCUUUGCCUCAGUCUCCAGCCCAGGCCAUGGCCUACAGAGGGAGGGAAGGCUCUUUUGAAUCCCGCUACCAGUCCCCCAUAGAUGACUUCAGGGUGUCCCAGGAGACACUGCUGGACAUGGACGCGCAAAACAGAAGGAUCCCGCGGAGGACCAGAGUGGAGAACCGUGUCUAAGUCCAAGCCAAUCAGGACGCAUUUCUGUUGCAACCCCCCCUUUCUCCUCCCCAUCCCCACCACCCAGUCGCCUCUCCCCCGUACCGAUGAUGUCACUGACUGCUGUGAACAGUUUCCAUGGAAACGCCCACCACCGCUUUGGCCUACAUUUCAGGCAGCUCUCUCUCCCUCCAUUUGCCCAACC